AUAGAUCAUACAAAACAUAUUGAAACAGUCACUCUUCAAAGAGAGAGAGAUUAUGUUGUUUUCCAUUCCAUUGUUUGUAUUCUUUUCAACUAUUUUCUUAUCAAGUGAGCAAAUUAUGGAAAUCGAGGAAAAAGGUGAUGAGAUGAUUACGGUUAGCAGUGAGCCAAGUUACGUGGAAACUAACAGAGUAACAAACUCUGGAAUGAAAAUGUCGAAUCACGAAGUUGAAGAAGCAAGGUUCAAAGAAUGUAGAAAGAACCAUUCAUAUGGCAAUGGUGGAUACUCUCUUGAUGGUUGUUUAGCGUUUUUACCAGACGGUGUUGAAGGUACACGUGAGUUUUUCAUAUGCGCUGCAUGCAGAUGUCAUAGAAACUUCCACCGUCAAGAAACGAUUCCAACUGCUUUUCCGUUAAACUCGUCAUACCAUCAUCAACCAACGCCGUUAACGACGGUUUAUGAGACUCCAAAUGGAUAUGUUCAAAUGAGUGGGCCGCCGAGGGGGAGCAGCACAAGUGGUGGAGAUGGAGAAGGUUCAAGCUCAAAGUCGAAGAAGAGGUUUAGGACAAAGUUCACUCAUCAACAAAAAGAGAAGAUGUUUGAUUUUGCUGACAAAUCCGGAUGGAAGAUUAGGAAGAAAGAUGAUAAAAUCGUUGAGGAGUUCUGUAACCAAAUUGGUGUCAAAUGUCAAGUUUUUAAAGCGUGGGUUCAUAAUAAUAAACACACCCUUGGCAAUAAGCCCUAGAACAAAUAUAACAAUAAUAAAUAAUAAUAAAACAAUCAAAGUCAUUUAUAUGAUUAUGUGUUCUUAAUCUAUAUGUAUCUUUUGUAAUAUUAAUGGACGGGAGAUAUUUUAUGCA